AUGGGGAUAGCGGUCGACUGUGUCGAUGAACAACAAAGCUUCGGCACUUCCAUGGGCUCUCCUUUAUCUCCUGUAAUAGCGGGCUUGGUGAUGAGGAGACUUGAGACAGUGUCCUUGAUGUCGUUGGACUUGGAGGUAGUAUUUUAUUUCAGAUACGUGGAUGACAUUUGCACUGCGGUUGUUCCCUCGAAAAUUGAUUCGGUAUUAGAAAAAAACAGACACACAACACAUAGAGUUUUGGCUGACAAUGACAGGGAGAAUGAGUCUGUUUCUUGGCUUACGGUGCCAUUCAUCCCUUUCCACACGGAGAAAUUCAAACGCUUCAAUAAAAACGACAUCAGGGUAUCUUUCCGUAGUCUCAAUAAACUGAACAAAUACAUCAAAGUACAGAAAGAUAUUUGUCCAUAUACUUCGAAGAGCAAUGUGGUCUACAGGAUUUCGUGUGGAGAUUGUGAUGCUUCAUACGUGGGACAGACGAGCAGAAGAUUGAAAACCAGGAUUGCUGAACAUCGCAAUCACAUUAGAUACAACACUUCUGGGCGUUCUGUCAUAACUGAGCAUAGGAGACAGCUGGAUCACGAGUUCCAAUGGGACGAAGUCGUAAUUUUGGACGAGGAGCCUUGUUACCGGAGACGUUUGGUUUCCGAGAUGCUCAAUAUCAAGAAGCAGAAGAAUGGUCUGAAUUUACAGACUGACACCGAUGGCCUACACAAGGCUUACAUUCCCAUCAUAAAUAAAAAUGAUCCGGAGUUCAAAGAAAACACGAACUGGUUCCAGAUGUUAACUGGUUCGAACAAUCCGAAGUUCCAAGAAAAUGCGAAUUGGUUCCUGAUGUUAACCGAUUUAAUUGAGGAACGUCAGAACUAUGAAGGACUAGAAAUAAAAAAUGAGCUGGACGAAUAG